AUGGCAGCACGGUCGAAAUGCUUUUACACCAGUUUUGCGGAACUCGAGCACAAUACAGAAUUUGAAAGGAUGUAUUGCAAACAGAAAUGUCUUUACGAGAUAAUACGACAUCGAACGCCACAAAAUGUUUCAUACGCAGCAGGUCGGGUGACCGUUUUUCGCGUAUGUUGGCAGUUGGUCAGAUCGUUCAGCUUCAUCAGAUUCAGUGCUGCACCAGCUAAAGAUUACGACAUCAUUUACGAAUCAUCGAACAAUUACAAUUUGGCACCCAAUUACAAGGAUAAGGUAUAUUAUUUGCAUUCAUUGAAUGGUACUAGCGUAACUGAUCUCUCGAAAUCACUGAGAUUUAACCAGUUUCCAGUUCUUACCUCCAGUCAGAGUCUCAUUUCUCUUCCAGACAAUAACUUCGACCUCCUCUUCUUCCUUAUGAUCCUCGCUCGAGAACUCCUGCACCCCUUCAUCGUCUCAAUUCCUCUUUUUUCCCCUCCUCUGCAUCUUUUGGGUACAGAUCUUCUGCAUUUGUCAUUUUUCGAUGAUUUUAGUUAUAAUUUUAAAGAAUUUCAUUAA